GACAUCUAACCUAUAAUUUAAAUGCUGAUUUCGACAAUUAUGAAAAAAACACUUACAAUUAAAAAGAUAUUACGUAGUUAACGAUAAUUACUUCAAAAGUUACUCAUAAUGUGAUAUUAGACAUAAUUUAAAUAUAAAUGCCAACCAAAGUUCUACUAAAAACAUUUCGAAGUGUGGCGAAAUUCAGGGAAACCCGCUCGAAUAUGUCUUCUUCAGACUCUCAGAUUAAAAAAAAAGAUCGUUUAAUCGCCGCCGCCAAGCAGAAUCAAGUGAGCGUCCUCAGCGUCCUCCUUGAUUCUCCCAGAUGGUACAACGUUCGAGACUAUUGGGGUAACAGUUUACUGCAGGUCGCAAUUCUUAGAGACAACAUCGAAGUCUUCGAUUAUAUGUUAUCCAUACCAGAUUUUCCACUCGAGUUUGUCAACAAAGAAGGCCAAACAGCGUUGGUAGUUGCACUUGAAUGUUAUGUGGGCAACGGUGCUUGGAUGAAGGAGCAUUUUGCGUAUGAACUAAUCAAAAAAGGUGCCUGCAUUGAUAAAGUUUGUGUCCAAGGGGAUACACCAUACCACCGUACCUUAGAUCGUGGUUACUAUAGAGCAGCUAAGCUCCUUAUAGAACAGGGGGCUGAUGUUAAUGCUCCCGAUUCGGAAGAUGACACCCCUCUUACCAGAACCUUGCUCAAAGGUACAAGUGAACUAAUAAUGACUCUGUUGGUGUAUGGAGCACAACCUACGGUCCUUAACUUUGAACAAUCUGUUUUAUAUAAUAAUUCUUUUGAAGUACAAGAAACUCUAUUUUUGUAUAUUUAUGAUGAGUACUCGAACUUGGAGUUGCGCCUGGAAGUAUUGCUAAAACUUGCUGAGGCGAAAUCGCCACUAUUCUACCACAUUAUUGAAUGCCCUAUUAAAAUAAAAAUUCAGAAUGAGUCUUUAAAUUUCUACUUUCGCUUUUUGUGUUCCAUAAGCAUUGAUUGUCUGCAUCUCAUUAUUCAAAAAUUUGGUCACUAUAUGAAUAAGGUGUUUUUAACAAAAAUAUUUUCAGUAACUUAUUCCUGCGAUAGCAAGGGCAAGGUUAUUUGUUUAGAAAACUUAAAUGUGAUGCUUGAAAGCGUAUUAAGACCAAGUGUGAUGGUUUUUAUUAAUAAUAUCAAUACUAUUUGGGUAUUUGAGGAUUUGAGAGAACUUGGGUAUAAGGAAACUGCCAUAACUCAAAUCUACUGUUAUUUAUUAAGUUACGGCGUGAAUAUUGGAGAGUUAGAUUUGCAAAUUAUAUAUAGAGCAUUCGGUCACUGCGAAUUGUUUAAAAUUCUUUUGCACAUGGACAUACAGAAGGGCGUUAUUCUAAAAAGUUCCGUAAAAGGGGCGAUGCCUGCUUUCGUGUAUGAUAUUAAUAUGAAUUUAGAACGUUUCUUCCGACAACAGAGUAGUUAUAAUGUGCAUAGUGCGUAUCGAUUACGACGUUAUUUCGCCCAUCCGAAAUUAAAUGAACUUUGUUACCAGACUGAUCAAAUGUUUCGGUACUGUAAUUCAGCAGUACAGAGCUUUCCAGAAAUUCCUCUGUUGAUGGAACUAGCGCGAAAUGUUUUUAGGGAAUAUUUUGUAAACAAAUUUAACAUUAAAACGUACAAAGAGUUUUACUCGAGACUCAAUGGCCUACCAAUUAGUAAGAUACAUAAAAAGAUUAUUACAUAUGAAACAGAAUUGUAUUAAUAUAUAGUUAUUUAUAUGUCAAGGGAGCAAAGUGAAACAUUUCCUCCCGCUACGCGUCAGGCCUCAAGAAUCCGAGGGAGGAAUUGGCACUUUGCUCAAGUGAUAUGUAUAUAUAAUUUUUUCUUCGAACGAACGUUUAAAAUCAAUUUUAUAAAAUUCAAACAAAUAAAAAAUUAAUCGCAUUUGAACAAAACGUCUCGUGAA